UUUAUUUGUGACAGUGACAUUUAUUAAACAAUUUAGUGUCAUCAAUUCAAAGAAGAGUUUCCAGCAUGGGUUAAGGUUUUUAGGUAGGGUUUUAAAUGUUUGUUGUCUUGGUCGUCCUUAUCUUACCUGUUCAGUUCCUAACUCCAUCCAUCCUCCUUUUCCAUUUUCCUCCCAUCCAUAGAUCGUUUCUUUCCUACCUUUCACCCUUCUUUCCUUUCUUACCAUCCUUGUGUACUUCCAUCCUAUCCCUCUUCCUUACAUAGUUCCUUGUUUCCUUAUGUUGAUUUUUUCCUCCUGCCUUCACUUCCUUUUUCUUAUACCAUCUUUAAGUUAAUUUAAAACCUGUAAACCUACGUUUUGUCCACCCUCUAUUGUGCAAAGUUCAAGUAAGAAAAUACGAUUGUAUAUAAACUCAUAUCGUUAAUAGUUGGUGUGAUUAUUAAAUAGGACCUUGACGCAAAAGUCUUUUUCCAAUGACUCCACAGCACGUCUGUGCUGUUUACCGAAUUGUUAGGUUUGUCCCAGUGGCCUCGCCGUAGCAGACGCAGCUUUUAGUUCGGGCCGAAUUAAAAUCUCUCUUCGCCAUUCAAACAUAUUUCGUCCUCAAACGCGUCGCGGCCUGCGUGACAGAAACAUGGACGAAGACACCGAGUUGUCGCUGACUAUUACUCAGCUUGUCCGACGCCUGAAGAGAAGCCAUUUGCACGCUCAAAUGGAGCGGCAAGCCAGAGAUUGUUUACAUCAACCGGAGAUCCAACUGGACUCUCUCAAGGAGGACGUGCGCAGAUUCCUCAGAAGCUCAGGCUGGGAAAGGAAGCUCCAGAAUGCAGUCCAUCGAGAAUUACACGUCGGUGGGCUGCCACCGAGCCUCUCGGCGCCCCCCCCAGAGCACCUAAAAGAGCCCUUGGCCUACAUGCGCAAGGCCCAGGCCAGCUGGGAAAGGCGCAUCUUGAAAAGUCUGAACAGCAUGAGCACCGAGCUGGCAGUGCCUUUGGCCCGAAGAGGCCAGGCGGCCGAGCAACAGGAGCUAAGCAACAAAUGGAACGAGAUGGGCACGGAUGAACCAGACUUGAGUCGCUUCAGGCCCGUCUACGCCCCCAAAGACUUCCUGGAGGUGGUCGUCGCCCUGCGCAGCCCCAACCACGGCAGCGGCGAGGACAUCGGCGCCGAGAGCCACUGGGGCCUCAUCCGGGUCCCCCUGGACGUCAAGGACGUCACACAGCUGAGAGGAGCUUACGCGGAGCUGAGCCUCACCGCCGGACAGCUGGGCAUUGACGACAACGCGCAUAUCCACCCAGAUUUGUUCGAAAAUGACUAUGUUGACAUCGGAAAGAAAGUGCUCGCGGAGCAGGACAGCGCGGCGGCGCAGCAAUACAGCCGGCGGGGCUGCCCCACCGGGCUCCGGGCGGACCUCUGGGCCCUCAUCCUGAAUUCUGUCAACCAGUCGCAGGAUGUGAUGCAUUACGAGCAGCUGAAGGCGGGAGUCCUCCAACACGACCUGCUGGUGGACAACCUUAUCUACAAGGAUGUGAAGCUGGCGGCCAGUAACGACGACUACUACUUUGUCUUCGAAGACUUCCUCUACCAGGUGUUGCUGUGCUUCUCCCGGGAUGCCGCCGUCUUGGAACACUUCAAGUACAACAGCGCCACUCCACCCAAAUCCUACGUCCGAGGGAAAGAAGGAGAUGAGGACUGCGCUGUGUUUUAUCCUCCCAACGGUGUCGUCCCGUUCCACGGCUUCUCAAUGUACGUGGCGCCGCUGUGCUUCCUGUACAACGAGCCGUCCGAGCUGUACAGCGUCUUCCGGGAGAUGUACACUCGCUACUUCUUCCGACUGCACUCCGUCUCUUCGGCGCGCUCGGGCGUCGUCUCUCUGUGUCUGCUUUUCGAGCGGCUCCUGCAAACGCACCUGCCGCAGCUCUUCUACCACCUUCGACAGAUCGGAGCUCAGCCGUUGCAGAUCGCAUUUAAGUGGAUGGUCCGAGCAUUUUCGGGGUAUCUUUGCACCGACCAACUGCUUUUUCUUUGGGACCGAAUCCUGGGCUACGACACACUGGAGCCGAUAGCAGUGCUGGCAGCCGCCAUCUUCGCCUUUCGGGCCGAGAACCUGAUGGAAGUGACGUGUCUGGCUUCAGCUGAGGCUGUCCUUGCUGAUCUUUCAACCCUCAAAGUCAUGCCGCUCAUCCAGAUCUUCCUGUUUGCCACCUAGCCAAGCGUCCCAGCUCGCAAGAAGCAAGUAAAUGUCACUCCACUCUUUAUUUGUUGACACGUGUCCUCUAGUAGUGAGUCUCAAAGUAUUUAAUUCGUGCCAACUGAAUGAAAUAAUAAAAAUGAUCAAACGACUUAAA